AACUGUGUGAAUGCGGUUUUAUCAUGUACUAAAGUAUGUCUCGUUCUUUCUCUCUGGAAGAACAUUCUUCUCUGUUUUCACGUGAAGGUUCGCUCGACCCAAGUUCUACAGGUCCAUUAACAAGUGAGCUUCAUUUUUUAUCACACGAAGAACCACGGUCUGAAGGUUAUGACGAGUACUUUGAUCCACCGUUGGAAAGUAAAUAUGAAUGUCCCAUUUGUCUUUUGGGACUGCGUGAACCCGUGCAAACGAGUUGCGGCCACAGAUUCUGUAGAGGCUGCAUUGUACGUUCUAUAAGGGAUGCUGGUCCUAAGUGCCCAGUAGAUAAUGAGCGUUUAAGUGAAUCACAGCUCUAUCCAGACAAUUUUGCAAAACGCGAAAUGUUGUCUCACGAAGUUUUUUGUCACAUGAAGAAACAGCGUGGCUGCCCAUGGAAGGGACCCCUUGGCAAGUUAGAGGAUCACUUGAAUGAGUGUCCAUUUGUUGAUGAAGAUUGCCCCAAUAAGUGUGGAGAGCAACUACAGAGGAAAGAUCUUCAACGACAUAUGGAAAAGGAUUGCCCUCUCAGGAGAGUUCCUUGUAAAUAUUGCAAGGAACUUGAGCUUUGGAAUGCACUGGAGAAUCACUAUCAAGACUGUCCCAAAUACCCACAGCAAUGUGACAAGUGUGGAAAAGAGAACAUACCAAGAGAUAAGCUGAAGGAGCAUUUGGAGAAAGAAUGCCCAGUGGUGGAAAUCAAAUGUCCAUUUGUCAUAGUGGGAUGUAGAUUUGAGGGAUUGCGAUCGGACGUCAACAAACAUGUUCAGGAGAAAAUGGCCAGCCAUGUCAUGGACAUGGCAAAGAAACUUGGUAACAUGUUACCUGAGUCAGGAGAUGAAGAGGCUCCAAGGCACAGAGGUGCUCCAGUAAGACGUGUAAGGGGUGGAAUAGAAUCUUCUCCUCAAGAGCAAGCCAGCCAGGAAGGAUUUUUCAAUGAGUUGUCAACCAGGACCCAGCAUCAGCGAAAUGAAAUAGAUGAGCUGAGACGUAUUAUCACUGUUCUUAGUAAUACAGUAAAUCAUCUGGAGCGUCAGGUAGAGGAAGCACGUAUCAGGCAAGAGAGACCAGUACAAGAACUCACCCUUCGGUUUAACCGCUAUGAAACCAGACUGUUGGAGUACGAGGGACGUGUCUGCAACGGAUCAUACAUAUGGAGGAUAGAAAAUUAUCGACAGUGCCGCCAAGAUGCUAUCAAUGGAGUCAUGACAGCAAUACAUAGCCCUGCCUUCUACACCAACCUGUAUGGGUACAAGCUCUGUAUGCGGAUCAAUCUGAAUGGCGUGGACAGCGGAGUGGGUAAACACGUUGCACUCUUUGUUCAUAUGAUGCAGGGUGAUUACGAUACCAUCUUGGAAUGGCCCUUCACUGGAAGGAUUGCUCUGUCCAUCAUGGAUCAGUCUGAUGGUGCUGAGUACCGCCAACACAUCAGUGAAACCCUUGUAGCUAAACCCAACCUCUUGGCAUUUCAAAGGCCAACAGAAGUUCGAGAUCCAGAUCGAUGGAGUUAA